AUGACUGACUUCUAUUUCCGUCACCAUGGAAACCUCACUGGCAGGGCCCACUUCCCCACAGUGGCAACAGAGGUGGACACCACAGCCGAUAAGUACUCCAACCUCUACAUGUACGUCGGCUUGUUCCUGAGUCUGCUGGCUAUUUUGCUCAUCCUACUCUUUACUAUGCUUCUUCGUCUCAAACAUGUCAUCUCUCCCAUCACCACUGAGAACACCAGCAGCAGCCCCCAGUUCACGGAUGUUGAGAUGCAGAGCCGGAUCCCCACCCCUUAA